AUGACGCCAGAGGCUGGAAAAUUAGGGAGAAAGAAUUCGGGAGCGAAGAGACGAGGAGAAGGAGGGGGUGAGGGUCUGGAAGGGCAGACUGCUAUCGGAUGUGAUGAGCUGAUGCUGCUGCAUGAGGAGGUCGGCAGUGCCUCUCUGCAUCCUGAGCGCCCUGACCGACUGCGGGCCAUUCUGGCAUUCCUCAAAGGCGCAGGGUUGUUCCCUGGUCCGUGUAAGGCAUGGGCAUCGGAGAGUGCAGCAGAUGACCUCAUUCUCAAUAGCCACACGGCCAAGCAUCUGACCAUGGUGGACAAGGCAGCUAAAACUGACACCAGUGCGUUCAACGCGGACACAUACGCCAACCGGUGGUCGCCAGCAGCAGCGCGCCUGGCAGCAGGGACAGCAGCUUCCAUGGCCCGCGCCAUUGCCACCGGCCGCCUCCUCAACGGCUUCGCUCUGGUGCGGCCGCCAGGGCACCAUGCGGGGACGGAGGGUCCGCAGGGCUUCUGUCUGCACAACAACGCUGCCGUGGCAGCCAGGGCAGCGCAGGCAGCAGGGGCUAAGAAGAUCUUGUUGCUUGACUGGGACGUGCACCAUGGCAAUGGGACACAGCAAAUCUUUGAGAGCGACCCUUCUGUGUUCUAUGUGUCUAUCCAUCGCCAUGAAGGGGGGUCAUUCUUUCCCGGAACUGGAGCGCCCACAGAGGUGGGAUCAGGGCCAGGGGAGGGGCGGUCGGCCAACGUGGCAUGGCCAUGUGGAGCCAUGACAGAUGCGGACUACCUCGCUGCCUUCUUCCACCUCAUCCUGCCGCUCGCCUAUGAGUUUCAACCGGAUCUCACAAUCAUAUCAGCUGGCUUUGAUGCUGCUGAAGGCGACCCUCUUGGCGGAUGCAAGGUGUCACCAGCGGGAUUCGCCCACAUGACAUCCCUGCUGCUGCCCCUAACCGCCAAUCGAAUGCUGCUCAUUCUUGAAGGAGGGUACAACCUCCUCUCCAUUGCCUCCUCAACCGCUGCUGUGAUCCGAGUCCUUCUGAACCAACCCCCUCCGCCCAUCAGUGCACCCUUCACCCCUUCACCUCCAGCCAUGGCUGCCAUUCUCCUAGCCUCUGCUGCCCUUCGCCCCUUCUGGAAAUGCCUGGCCGCUCACUCUGCUGCCGCCUCCCCUCUGCUGAUUCCCCUCAUGCCCAACGCUGCUGCUCUCACUUCUCCUCCUGCUCCUUCUCCUGCUCCCGCUUCUGGUGCCGGUGCUAGUGCUUCUGGUGCUCCUGCUGCUGCUGUGGCUGGUGCUGGUCAGAAGGAGGCGAGGAGGGAAGAAAAGGCAGCCAAGGCAAGCACAAGAGCAGCCAAGAAGGAAACCACUCAGCAGCAAGCAGGGACAGAGCAGCAACAGCACGUGCAAGGGAGAAUGUGGGGCAGGGCACGAGGCCUCAUAAAAAGGAAGAGUGGCUGGCUGGCAGUUGCCAGGCAUCUGAAAGUGGCUGAGGCAAUCUGUCGUUCUAAUUAG